CCCCGGCCGCCGCCGGCCCCGCCGGCUACCGGCCCUUCGAGCCCGCCGCGCUGGGCCUCGACCCGGGCUGGCGCCUCACGGGCUUCGGCGAGCUGCGCGGCUGAGGCUGCAAAGUCCCGCAGGAGACGCUGCUCCGGCUCCUGGCGGGACUCGGCGGGCCGCGAGCGGGAGCCGGCGAAGGGCCCGGCCCGGAGCCGGAGCCCGGCGGGGCGCCCACGCUCGGCAUCGGCAUGGACUCGUGCGUCAUCCCCCUGCGCCACGGCGGCCUUUCGCUCGUGCAGACCACCGACUUCUUCUACCCGCUCGUGGAGGACCCCUACAUGAUGGGCCGCAUCGCCUGCGCCAACGUGCUGAGCGACCUCUACGCCAUGGGCAUCACCGAGUGCGACAACAUGCUGAUGCUGCUCAGCGUCAGCCAGAAGAUGACGGACGAGGAGCGGGAGAAGAUCAUGCCGCUGAUCGUGAAGGGCUUCCGGGACGCGGCGGAGGACGGCGGCACCUCGGUGACGGGCGGCCAGACCGUGGUGAACCCCUGGAUCAUCGUGGGCGGCGUGGCCACCGUGGUGUGCCAGCGCAACGAGUUCAUCAUGCCCGACAGCGCCGUCCCCGGCGACGUGCUGGUGCUCACCAAGCCGCUGGGCACCCAGGUGGCCGUCAGUGCCCACCAGUGGCUGGAUAACCCCGAGCGCUGGAACAAGAUCAAGCUGGUGGUGUCCAAGGAGGACGUGGAGCUGGCCUACCAGGAGGCCAUGUUCAGCAUGGCCAUGCUCAACCGCACCGCCGCCGGCCUGAUGCACACGUUCAACGCGCACGCGGCCACCGACAUCACGGGCUUCGGCAUCCUGGGCCACGCGCAGAACCUGGCCAAGCAGCAGCGGCACGAGGUGGCCUUCGUCAUCCACAACCUGCCCGUGCUCGCCAAGAUGGCCGCCGUGAGCAAGGCCUGCGGCAACCGCUUCGGCCUGCUCCAGGGAACCUCCCCGGAGACGUCCGGGGGGCUGCUCAUCUGCCUGCCGCGGGAGCAGGCCGCCCGCUUCUGCGCCGAGAUCAAGUCGCCCAAGCACGGCGAGGGCCACCAGGCCUGGAUCAUCGGCAUCGUGGAGAAGGGCCCGCGCAGCGCCCGCAUCAUCGACAAGCCCCGCGUCAUCGAGGUGACGCCGCGCGGGGCGCCCGCGCCCGCCCCGGACCCCGCCGCCCCCAGCCCCGAGGCCGCCCCCUGAGCCGCCCCCCCGCCGCCCGCCCCCUCCCG